AUGAGAACAUCACACAGAUACCGCACUAGCUCUACUGCAAUGAAAGAUCAGAAACCUGAGAAGCAGAAGAUUAAGAAUGUUAAACAAGAAAGACGCAAAAAGUACGCAGAUUUGGCUAUCCAAGGUACAAAUAACUCCUCGAUUGCUUCCAAAAGAUCUGUAGAAUUAUUGUAUUUACCUAAAUUAACUUCAGCCAAUAAUUUUCAAAUGAACAAGGAUAAAGAAUUGCUGGAAUACUUUAAGUUUUUUGUUCCAAAGAAAAUCAAAAGAUCACCUUGUAUCAACAGGGGCUACUGGUUAAGAUUAUUUGCGAUUAGAUCAAGAUUAAAUUCCAUCAUGGAACAAUUACCACAAAAUAAAAAAGUAGUCAUAAUUAACCUCGGGUGUGGGUACGAUCCAUUACCAUUUCAGCUACUAGACACUAGUAACGUUCACAGUCAGCGGUAUCAUGACCGUGUUUCUUUUUUAGAUGUUGAUUAUUCUGAUUUACUGAAAAUUAAAAUUGAGCUAAUCAAGUCGAUACCUGAACUUGCUAAGAUCAUUGGUCUUACCGAGGAUGAUAACUAUAUUGAUACUACGAAUUCGGAUGUUCUAACCACAUCCAACUAUCAUGCCAGGCCGUGUGAUUUGAACGAUUCGGCAAUGUUUAGCGCAUUACUAAAUGAAUGUCAAUUGAACGACUCGAAUAUCAUUAAAGUGUUUAUCGCUGAAGUUUCACUGGCAUACAUGAAACCGGACCGUUCGGAUAGUAUCAUUGAUGCAUGUUCUAAGAUGGAAAAUAGUCAUUUUGUUAUUCUCGAGCAACUAAUUCCAAAGGGGCCAUUUGAACCAUUUUCUAAGCAAAUGCUGGCGCAUUUCAAGAGAAACGAUUCUCCCUUACAAUCUGUAUUGACCUAUAAUACUAUUGACUCGCAAGUUGAAAGAUUCAAUAGGCUAGGUUUUCCCUACGUUAAUGUGGGAGAUAUGUUUCAACUGUGGGAAAGUGCAGAUGAAAUGACCAAAAAGGAACUUUUAGAAGUAGAACCGUUUGACGAACUAGAAGAGUUUCAUUUGUUUUGCCAUCAUUACGUCUUAUGCCAUGCUACAAACAAUAGAAAGUUUACUUUUACUCAAGAGUUUGAAUUUGACAGACCAAUCUCCGAGACUGGGUUAGUUGUAGAUCGAAAAUAUCAGCUCCUAGAAUAUGAAUGCCCCAUCGAUAGGAGAUUUGGCGAUGCAGCUAUUUGUGGAAAUGAUAUAUUUUAUGUGGGAGGCAGUAACCCAUACAGGGUAAACGAAAUAUUGCAAUUAAGUAUCUCUCACGAUAAAAUGAAUGUGCAAAUUAUUGAACCUAGAAGCAAUGAACUUCCCAUAGCAAGAAUGUGUCAUACUUUGACAUCCUUUUGCGGUGGUAGCCAGCUACUACUCGUUGGUGGUAGAAAGKCCCCUCAUCAAGGCCUUUCUGAUAACUGGAUAUUUGAUACAAAGACAAAUGAAUGGUUAAUGGUUCAGAAGCUACAACAUACAAGAUUUAGACAUAGUGCAUGCAACUUAUCUGAUGAUAGUGUCCUGAUCUUUGGUGGUGCUACAGACGGACCGGCUAUGCUACGCUACGAUGUCACUGAACAAGCCUUUCAAGACAUAACACCAAAAAACACGUUCUUCGAAAACUCGCUAGUAUCAGCAGGGUUGGCGUUUAAUCCUGUAUCCAAACAAGGUGUCAUAUUGGGUGGUGGAUUCAAGGAUCAGACGACUGUUUCGGACAAAGCAGUUGUAUAUAAAUACGAUGCAGAAAAUGCCACAGAGCCAAUUACUGUAGUUAAAGAGAUUCAGCACCCAUUACUACAACGCUAUGGCUCCAAAAUCAAAUAUCUUUCUUCAGAAAAGCUGCUGAUAGUGGGCGGAACGAGUCCUUCAAGACUAUUUGACCACACUAACUCCAUAAUCACCCUUGAUCUUCAGAAUGAGACGGUAAAGUCCAUUCCUAUCCCAAUACACAUUUGGGAGGAUCAUUCCUUAAUGCUUAGCGGGUUUAACUUAGUCUCCGUAGCAGAAGACAUUGUUCACAUUAUAGGAGGUGGUGCCACCUGCUACGGGUUUGGUUCAGUAACUAACGUGGGUCUCAAGCUUGUAGAAAAUGGCAAUUGA